AUGAGCUCCAACGAUGGCCAAAGCUGGCUGAGCCAGCUUGUGUGUGCCACGGCCGCUUUGGGCGGGGUGGCCUGUGCUGCUGUUUUUGCAAGGCGAGCACAGAGGGUUUCCAAAGCUCGCGGACAUUUGCAGGCCCUGCUCAAUGCUUCAGCAGGGACAGAUGCCCGCAUUGUCAUAACUGGAGCAAGCAGUGGGAUUGGCCAAGAAAUGGCGCAACAGCUGCUUAGACAUCCUUCCGUGACCUUACUUCUGGGUUGCAGGGACAAGAAGAGGACUGAGGCCGUUUUUCGAAAGCUGAAGGAUCGCACCAAGGUCCACCGUUUGGACUUGCUCGACCCGGACUCUGUGCAGGCUUUUGCCGAUGAGGUGCAUUUGUUCCUGAGAGAGGGCCAGCCUGGACUUCGGAUGCUCGUAAACAAUGCGGGCGUUAUGCGGCCACCAGCGAGUGGGAAAGGUGAUGCCACCUGGCAGACGAACUUUCUGGGGCCCUUCCUCUUGACAGAAUUGCUGGCUCGUCUGCGAAGCAAAGAGCAACCCGAGCCUGUCAGGGUCGUGCAAGUCUCCAGCCGUCUCGAGAAGCGCUCUGAGCUCAACGCAGAGCUGCUUGAGGGAAUAGGUCGCGGAGAGGUGGGAGACCACGCCUAUGCAGACUCAAAGCGAGCGCUGAUGCUCUGGACAUCCACGCGGGCCCAGAGUUUGGCUUUCAAGGGCGGCCUUUACUGCCAUUGCUCCACACCUGGCAUGGUGGACACUGAGCUUGGCAGGUAUUCCGUGAGUCCGUGGCUGUGGCCGCUCACGAAGCCGCUCCGUAUGCUCCUCCUGCGAUCUCCUGCAGAGGGUGCUCUCGCGGCUGUGGCUGGUGGACUUCUUCCGCAGGCUACAACACGUUUCGGACGGUACAUGGAUGGCGAGGUGCAAUUGGAAGACUUGGUCCUGAGCCGUAUGGGCGAGAAGGCCCUAGCGACGGAUCUCGUGAAAUGGGCAUCUAAAGCCACAGCUUUGGAGCAGCGCGCGGAUGGCUACGACCGCUGA